AUGGAAGACGCUCCUUUAUAUAAUGAGAAACAAUCAAUACGAGAGAAGGCGAAAUCAUUGAAAAAGUAUGGCAGUACGUGUAAUCAUUUUAAACGACCUGUUGCUGUUAAAGUAUUUAUCACCAAAACUGAUACGUUACAAGGGAUUGCUUUGAAAUAUGGAGUCACUACAGAACAAAUUAGGAGAGCAAACAGACUCUUUGCAUCAGAUAGCUUAUUUCUGCGAGAAUAUCUUUUAAUUCCAAUUACAAAAGAAUCGCCCUACUACGACCCGAAUGAUGAGAAUAUAAUUGAAAACCGAAUUACACACAGAGCAUCAGUAGCCACAAUGCAAAGCAUACCAGAUAGUAAUGUUGUAACACCAACAACACCAGAAGAUCAGACUUGUAUAGAUAAUUUCUUAGAUAAAGUUGAUACUGCUAUAGCAAUGACAAAGAAAUAUGUUAAACAACAUCAGGAUUCUAUAGAUGUGACUGAUUUUCCAUCAAAUGGAGGUGCUAGUUUUCUAAGGAAUAGUCAUUCUAAUUACGGAUUAAGACAUCAGGGUACUUCCUCAUCAUCAGGGAGCACCCAUGAAUUAGCCUCAGGUUUACCACACACCCAAAUUGUAAUGACGCAAGGUAGGAAAGUUAGAACAUCUCUUCAAAGACUUCAGCAACAACAAGAUGAAAUGUUUGAGUUGUAGCAGUUAAUGUGAUAUUAAAAAUUAUGGUAGUGGUUUUUGAGAUAGUUUAAACCAAAUACAUGAAAUAUUAAAUAUUGAUUCUGUAUAAAGUAAUAUACAUAUGAUUAUUGGUAUGUUAAACAUUUAAAUAUAUUUAUAUACACAAAAACUC